GCAAUCGUCCGAUAUGUCUUAAUGCUAAGCGGUCGAACACAAAGAGAAAAAAAAAAUAUCACCGUACGUAACUAGAAACAAAAUCGUAAGAAACGAAUACAGAAAAAAAGCAGCAACAACCCUAAACGCCUUAUCAAUUUACAGUGAAUUGAAAUAUAAAUUUGAGAGUAAGCCGAGCGACUUAUUCAGUGAACUUUUUGAAUUAUUAACGAGAACGUGUUGCUCUUUUGAAAUUUCGUUGGGAAAAAGUAAAAUAAAAAAAAAAACCGGUGAAAGUGCACGAAUAUAUGGUUGGCUGGGUGCAAUGAAUUUUUGAAGUCGCACACACCUUCCAGCAUCUCACUACAACGGAACUAUUGAAAAAACAACGAAACAGUAUACGACUACCUGAAUUGUGUGUAGUAAAACAAAGUGCGAAAACCAUAAAUACAAUAAAAUUGUUAUACAUUCACGUGUCUCAUUCUCACCGGUGAUUCUUUUGUGUGUAUUUGAAUUUUUGUGUGUAGUUUGUGUAUUAAGUUUGACAGAUUUCAUCUUGAUACAUACAUUUUUUAUACAUACUCAUUGGUGAUAUAAUUUGAGUUUAGUGCAGUUGUGAUUUAGACACAAAUUAGCAAUUCCAUAGAAUAAUUUUACAAAAUGGUUGAAGCGGAGAGAAAUGAUUAUAGUUCGUCAUUUGACGAAGAAUUUACAACUAAACAAAGACCAAACGUUACACGUCUUAAUGGGGCCGCUAAUAAAGAUGAAAACGCAAAUACAGAACCAAAAAAAUCAAGUUCAUCCGAUGCAUCAUGGACAAUGAAAGAUUUAGUUUGGAAAAAUAUCGCCUUUUUUGUUUAUCUACAUUUGGGCUCAUUUUAUGGAUUGUAUCAAAUAUUCACCGGUCAAUGUAAAAUAGCAACUAUUCUCAUGGCGAUUUUGCUAAUUCAUUGGGGUUUAUUGGGUAUUACUGCUGGAGCACAUCGUUUGUGGUCACACAAAGGCUACAAAGCAAAAUGGCCAUUGAAAGUAAUUUUGGCUUUUUUCAAUACCAUUGCUCACCAAAACGGCAUUUGGGUUUGGGUACAUGAUCAUCGUGUACAUCACAAAUACCAAGACAGCCAUGCUGAUCCACACAAUGCUGGUCGUGGAUUGUUCUUCUCACAUUUUGGAUGGUUGAUGGUUACAGAAAGACCAGAAGUUGAAGAAAAAAGACGUACCAUUGACAUGAGCGAUUGUGUAGCCGAUCCAAUUGUCAUGUUCCAGAAGAAAUAUUAUUGGUAUCUUAUGCCAUUGAUCUCGAUUAUAUUGCCAACUUGGAUUUUGUGCCAUUUCUUCGGUGAAUCAUUGAGUGCUGCAUGGCACGUUGGAUUUGUUCUAAGACAUUUGUACACAUUGCACGACACCUUUUUAAUCAACAGUUAUGCUCAUGCUGUCGGUACAAAACCAUACGACAAAAGCAUUCGACCAACCGAUCACAAAUUGUUGGGCAUUAUGACUCAGGGUGAAGGCUGGCAUAAUUACCAUCAUGUAUUCCCAUGGGACUACAAAACGGCUGAAUUGGGAAAUUAUCGUUACAACAUUACAACGGCGUUCAUUGAUUUUUUUGCUGCCAUUGGAUGGGCCUAUGAUUUAAAAACCGUAUCAAAGGAAACAAUUCAAAAGCGAAUGGCACGAUGUGGUGAUGGUAAUGUCAAAUACAGUCAUGCAACCAUUGAUGAUUUAAUGCGUUUGCAAGAAGCCAAACAUGACGAACCAGCUGAACCAAAAGAACUUGUCUGGGGUUGGGACGAUGCUGAUUUCGAUGAAAACGAGAAAAGAACCGCCACCAUUAUCCAUAAAGCUGAAGACUAAUUUGUUUAAAAAAA